AUGGCCAACACCUCCGCUAUGGCGUCAACGCCCCCGACGGGUCACCUUGGACCCGGCGCUGUGCGACCUGAGUACAUUGUCGGGGGCUAUGAAGCGCAGCGCUUCACUCACCCUUACAUGGCGAGGCUGUACCGCAACAAUCUGAAUGGCAACGUCGGCUUCUGUGGUGCAUCGACGAUUUCUCGCCUAUGGGUGCUGACGGCUGCGCACUGCGUCCUCAACAUGCAGCCGGCGGCCCUGCAUGUCGGCAUUCACCGACACGAUGUGGUCGCCUUGCAUACCUUUGAGGAUGACUGCGCCGAGAACAUCAGGGCGGUGGAGAUUGUCGUGCGCCCUGAGUACGAGGUUCAUACCUCUGUGUCUGCUGACAUUGCUUUGAUCCGGCUCGAGCGUGCGACCACUUGCUCCUUUGAUCAUCUUGGACUCGACGACGGGACUUUUUGGCCGCCAGAUGCGAUACCCCCGAUCCGCACUGCUACUGUAAUAGGGUGGGGCGCCACAGGCCAGGAUGCAGGGCAGGCGCGGUAUCUCAAGCAGCUGGAGACGACGCUGUUUAACGAGCUCGAGUGUUCGCGCUUUCUAAACAUGGGCUUCGACGGACACGACGGCCUGCAUGUUGACCACGGCGAGCUUUGCGCUGGCGUGUACGACCCAGACCUCCGUGGAUGGGAGCGCUACACCGACCUGGACGGAAUCUGCUCCGGCGACUCUGGCUCGCCGCUCUUUGUUAUCGACAAGGCGGGGCAGCGCAUUCAGGUGGGUGUAGUGUCCUCGAUUCUCACCUUCUGCGGCGACAAAACUGCGCCGGCCCUCUACGCUCGCGUCGCAGGACACAAGGAGUGGAUUAAACAGGCAGCGAAUGUAGUAUUGCAGACCCGUCAGAGUGGGCCCAUGGCGCAUAUUGGCGACGAUGCGUGA